ACAUGCUAAGAGGUUAUAAUAAGAUUCGGUGAAUGUUUAUUAAAUAUCAUCAAAAUAAUAAAUGAAAAGCUUUCUCUAGUUGUACCUUUAGAAGAAAGUUAACAAAUAACAUUAGAAAAAAUGCGUAAAAUUAAGAAAAAUAAGGAAAAGAACACUCAAAGUGAAAUAAUUAAAGAUAAUGAAAUAGUAGAUACCUCUACUAAUGAAAUCGAGGACAAUGCGAAAACUGUCCUCAAAAGUGAAGACUAUCGUAAUAAGAGACCUUUAGAAGAUCAUGACUCUGAUAGUGGUUCAGAAGUAAAGUCUAAGAAACCUAAGAAAAAGAAGAAACAGGUUGCACCAGUUGAAGAAACUACAGAAAAUGGAAAGAAACAAAAAAAGUCAAUACGUCAGAUGAAGAAAGAACGGCAUGCACAGAGACAGGCUGAAGUUGAAUUGGCAGCUAAAGACCAACUGAAAUCGCAAUGCCUUAAUUAUUUGUCACAGUGGAAGCAUAACAAGCAAAAUUGGAAGUUUAUGAAAGCUAAACAAGUUUGGCUUUACAAAAAUAAAUUUUCAAAACAACUAUUACCUGAGAAUUCAUGGCCCCUUCUAUUGGAGUACUUUGAAUCAUCUCAAGGCAAUAUAAGAAAAAUGUUACUUGAUGAUGCAAAUAAAAUAAUAAAACAAAUGGAUGACUGGACAGAGUCUCAAGGUAAAAACAGUGACAAUGAAACAGAUGAAACAAAUUCAAAUAAACCAGAUGAUGUUACUUAUAAUAGAGCAAGAAAUUUAAUACAAUGUUUACAAGAAUGAAACAACUGUUUUAUUCAAAAUCUAUUAUUUUAACUAAUAACUGUAACAACAAUAACAUUAUAAUAUGAAUUAUUAAGUGUUAGAAUAUAAGAGGUAUUAAUUAGA